AUGGAAGUUGAAAUGCAAGAAGAUGCCUCCAAAUGGGAAGGCUACACCGACUGGAGGAACAGAGCCGCCUUGAAAGGCCGUCAUGGUGGCAUGCUUGCCGCCUCUUUCGUCUUGUCGGUUGAGGUAUUAGAGAAUCUAGCGUUUUUAGCGAAUGCGAGCAACCUUGUGUUGUACCUUAGGAAGUUCAUGCACAUGUCGACGGCGAGAUCGUCGAGUGAAGUCAGUACUUUCAUGGGCACAGCCUUCCUCCUUGCUCUUCUCGGUGGCUUCCUCUCCGACGCCUUCUUCUCUGCCUAUCUCAUCUUCCUCAUCUCUGCCUCCAUCGAGUUUCUGGGACUAAUCCUGCUCACAAUCCAAGCUCAUCGUCCGUCCUUAAUGCCGCCGUCGACGUCGUGCGAUAACUCCGCGGCGUCACCAUGCAAAGCCGUCAGUGGUUCCAAGGCGGCAAUACUGUUCUUGGGACUGUAUCUAGUGGCUAUAGGAGUCGGAGGGAUAAAAGGAUCAUUACCGUCACUCGGAGCAGAGCAAUUCGACGAGAGCACGUCCAAAGGUCGGAAACAGAGGUCCACAUUCUUUAACUACUUUGUGUUCUGUCUCUCAUGUGGAGCACUCGUGGCCGUGACGUUCGUCGUAUGGCUCGCGGACAAUAAAGGCUGGGAAUGGGGAUUUGGAGUCUCCACUAUUUCCAUCUUACUCUCCAUUUUUGUUUUUCUCUCUGGCUCGACGUUUUAUAAAAACAAGAUCCCUCGUGGAAGUCCUCUCACCACAAUGUUGAAGGUUCUUCUCGCAGCUUCCAUAGUCGGCUGCUCAAGUAAAACUUCGAGCAAUGAUGUUGUGGACUUCUCUGUGAGCUCAUCUACUCACCCUUUUUCCAAAGACCUUCAAUCACAAGAAGGAGAAAAUAUACAUUCUCAAUCACUAACCAAUAGCUUGAGAUGUCUAAACAGAGCCGCGGAGGGCAAAAGGAUCCAUAGAUUGCUCGAAUGCACAGUCCACCAAGUCGAAGACGUGAAGAUUGUGCUCAAAAUGCUUCCAAUAUUCGGCUGCACAAUAAUGCUCAGUUGCUGCUUAGCUCAGCUCUCUACUUACUCUAUCCACCAAGCUGCGACAAUGGACACAAAGAUCGGAAACCUAAAGGUUCCUCCAGCUUCUUUACCGGUUUUUCCCGUCCUGUUCAUAAUGGUUCUUGCACCAAUGUAUGACCAUCUGAUUAUCCCACUCGCUAGAAGAGUAACCAAAUCCGAAAUGGGAAUCUCUCAUUUGCAAAGAAUCGGUGUAGGCUUAGUCCUCUCAAUACUGGCAAUGGCAGUGGCUGCUCUCGUCGAGUUAAAGCGGAAGCGAGUCGCCAUAGAAGCUGGAAUGCUUGACUCAAAAGAACCCUUACCCAUCACUUUCCUAUGGAUCGCGCUUCAGUAUCUGUUUCUAGGAUCAGCUGAUCUUUUCACACUAGCCGGAUUGCUAGAGUUUUUCUUCACAGAAGCACCUCCAUCUAUGAGAUCAUUGGCGACAUCGCUCUCAUGGGCUUCUUUGGCAAUGGGGUACUAUCUGAGCUCGGUGAUGGUGCUGAUAGUGAAAAGUGUGACUGUGAAGGCAGGACAAAGCCCUUGGCUUGGUGGAGAAAGCAUUAACCAUGACAGACUAGAUUUGUUCUACUGGCUCAUGUGUGUUCUUAGUUUUGUUAACUUCUUGCAUUAUCUCUUCUGGGCAAUGCGUUACAAGUACGUAUCAACUGGUGCUAGAAGCUGA